UUGUUAUGUAUUUCAGAUACCAUCUACCCUUUCCUGCUGCUGUUAAUCCCAUUAGAAGUGGUGCUUAUGAUGGUCUGUAUGCGGAGCUGUUGUCGGUCCUUGCAAAACGAAACUCCCAGAACAUAUAUCACAAACCCGUUUAGGUUAUUUCAAAGAAGAGCAGAACGUCAAAAUCAGAAUUCCUCUGAAAAUAUCUUGGAGAUGAUUCGGCAAAGUGACCUGGACGACAUGGUGUGCUCUUUGUAUUUCGACCAACGCUAUCAGCUUCACGAGCCACUGACAGAGAGUCUAAAACAGAAUGUGCCGAACUUGAGGGUGGAACAUUGCUACGUGGAACGACCCAGUGACAUCCUAUCAAUCCCACGAGCAAAGACCUACCUGCUGUUUGUUGACCUCAAACAAAAGAAUGGCAUUGACCCCAUCAAGGGCACUAACAAUCUGAAGAUUUUUCUGCUGAAUGGUGUACAGCGCAUGGGUGCUGAUGUGUUCCUGGUGAUGACAGGUGACAAAAACUCUGACCAGUUAGAAGGAAGCACGACCCUUUAUCACCAGAGCCUGAAAUUCCUGCGGAGUCAUCGAGAUGUCUUGUGUUUGAUCUCAGCGAAACGUGUCCUUAGUGUCAACGAAACAUGGACAUCUCACCAACUGGAGCAUGUCUCUCGGACGAUCAGCGUGUGGCACGACAUUGAAUGAAGUGUACAGAUGUCUUGGUCAACUGCUGUAUGCAUAUUUGUGUGUGUGUCUGCGUGUCUAUCUAUCUGUGUGUGCAUAUGACAGAGAUACAUACAAAUAAUAGAGAGGCUGGUGUUUGUUGUUGUUGUUGUUGGUGGUGGUGUUAGUAUUCUUGGGAAGCCUCUGAUCCAGCAAAUCUAUGAUCAACAUAUUCCAGCCAGGACAAUGUCAUCUUCUAUUCAGGCAUAUCUGGGGACUACAUUAUCUAAUAUGUCCACCAUUUUGUUGUUUUCUCCAACAGAUACUAUGUUCAUAAAUGUUCCUGCCAUGACCAUCCCAUCUUUUCAUAUAUAGCAUAGCAAUAUCUCUGAGUACAUUUUGUAUAUAUUACAUAUAUAUAUAUAUAUAUAUAUAUAUAUAUAUUGAAGAGACUGGAGUCAAUGAGUAUGGUUAGACAGUUAUUUAUUAUUCACAACAAUGUAGUUCUCUAAGAAGACCAUGGGUCUAUCAGCCGCUACUUAAUUCAAACCACGAUGAACAGAGAAGAUGGCCUUGAAGUCGACGAUUUUAAACUAACGGAGACAACACUCAUAUAUCGCCUGAGGAAACGCAUUUAGAUUUCAUUACGGAAACAAACAGUUGCAUAAUCAAAUACCUGUGUUCUGGAAGAACUACGUUGCAUUGAAACAAUUGUAGUGAAUAAUAAUAAAAAUAUGUCCAACCGUACUCCUUCUUCUCGACUCCAAUCUCUUCAAUUUUACAUUCACACAUGACAAAUGCUCAAACACAAACUUCUAUAUAAUAAUACUAUCGGAUAGUACUGGAUGAUUCUGUAAGUGGAUGAGCUUUAUACUGUGCUCUACCACAUUCCUAAUGGAAUACAACGUGUGUAUGCAUGUAUGUAUAUAUGUGUGUGUGUUGAUACUGUAUGUAUAUAUAUAUAUGUACCUUAAGAACUUUCUCUCAGACAAUUGCCGGAGUGAAUGUCCAAUGCCUGCCUCCAGCAUGACCGUGGCCGAGAUAGCUUAUGUCCUAGAAAUAGUCGAUGAUAUGAAACUCAUAGCUGUACAGACUGGUUCGGUGAGUUCAGUUGGCUUCUUAAAUAUCAUGUCACCAGUGGAGCCCCUUCGUAGGAUUUUCGAGCGAGAUCGUU